AACCGGAAAAAAGAAAAUGAAAAUAAAAAAAUUCAAUCCAGCUACUAAUCUUCGAUUUAAAGCCAUUUUUGAUAAUUCUGCCACGUAACUAGGAUUUUGAGUAGCUCAAGUGAAAGUGUAACAAACGCGCUUCAUUUCGCGGGUAGGAUAAUCUCCAAAAAACUUGCAUAUUCCUCUCCCGCAAACGCAAAGCAAACUCAACUAUUGCAAGUUGUAUUUCGCUCCGCAGAUUAGGCGUGUACAACUCGCGCCAAUUAGAUGGAAACGAAACUGCUUCUCACUUUAGCAACAAUCAUUUCUCUCUUCAUCUCCACAAUCUCCGGUCAGUCUCCCGCCGGAAAUGCUUAUCUCAGGCUCCGAACACCGGGAGAAUCCUUGUGCAGUCAGCUCAUCGAACCCGCCGGUUAUCCUUGCACCGAAUACACUAUACAAACACAGGAUGGUUAUUUACUAGCUCUUCAACGUGUAUCAUCGCGUAAUGGUGAAUUAAAGCUGACACGAGGACCUCCUGUUUUGCUUCAGCAUGGACUCUUUAUGGCAGGUGAUGCAUGGUUUUUGAACUCUCCAGACCAGUCAUUAGGCUUCAUUCUCGCAGAUCAGGGAUUUGAUGUAUGGGUUGGAAAUGUUCGUGGGACUUUUUGGAGUUAUGGGCAUGUAUACCUGUCAAAGAAAGAUAAGGAAUUUUGGGAUUGGAGUUGGCAGGAAUUGGCUCUUUAUGACCUUGCAGCAAUGAUACACCAUGUAUAUUCAACAACAAACUCUAAAAUUUUUAUUGUUGGGCACUCGCAGGGGACAAUCAUGUCUCUGGCAGCUCUAAUUAAGCCAAAUAUAGUCGAAAUGGUUGAAGCUGCUGCGCUUCUGUGUCCAAUAUCAUACUUGAAUCAUAUAAGUGCUCCACUUGUACUUCGAAUGGUUAGGUUGCAUCUUGAUCAGAUGGUUGUGGCCAUGGGCAUACAUGAAUUGAACUUUAGAAGUGAAGUAUUAAUAAACCUUUUGGAUUCCAUAUGCGACAAUCGCCUGGAAUGCAAUGACUUGCUAACUUCUUUAACAGGGAGCAAUUGUUGCCUUAACACCUCACGUAUGGAUCUCUUUUUUGAAUAUGAGCCUCACCCAUCAUCGACAAAAAACCUGCGCCAUCUUUUCCAGAUGAUUCGUCAGGGUACUUUUUCACAUUAUGAUUAUGGAAUAUUUAAAAACCUCAAGCUAUAUGGUCAGGUUGAACCCCCAGCAUUUGAUCUUAGUCUAAUACCCAAGUCAUUGCCUUUAUGGAUGGGUUAUGGGGGCUAUGAUGGAUUAGCGGAUGUGAAGGAUGUAGAGCACACUCUAGAGGACCUGCAAUCCAAACCUCAGCUGCUUUAUCUAGAGAACUAUGGUCAUAUAGACUUCCUCUUGAGCGAGCGAGCAAAGGAGGAUGUUUUCAACCAUAUGAUUGGAUUUUUCAGGUCAUUGGGUAAUUCUUGAGUUAGAUACUUGUAAUAUGAGACAAUACUGUUUAUUAUAUGUGUAUUUCACUAAUUAGCUGUGUGCAUAAAUUGUAAAGGUGCCUUUCCUCCCUUUGUACAUGUUAUUGCCCAAAAAAAAAUGAAAAUAACUACCUCCCUCAUAGAUAAACAUGUCUUGCCCAAUUUCUUCCUUUUUUCUUUUAGCUCAUUGGGAGGUCAAUGGCCAUGAAACUGUGGCAUGAGCUACCCAAUGCAAUAGAAUAAUUCUCAUUAACAAAAAGCUUAUUGUAAAAUUAGGAUCAGUUGGCUUCUUUCCAUUUCUUUUAUUCCCUAUGAAUUGAUUCUUUUUCCCAUGCUUGCUUGAACA